GGGAGUGGGAGUUAGCAGGAGGAACUAAAUCGGGGUUCUUGGUUGGGUUUUCUUACUCCUGUUACUGACUACUGGUCUUGGAUUAAUGCUUCCAAUCCUUUUAGUAGCGUAUGUGUGAAUUUAUUUCAUUAUAACAAGGAAAAAGGUGUUGGAAGGUAAAAGCAGUUGGGAAAGAGCACAAGAUUUGGAGGGGGGAGAGAGAAUCACUUUGGAGUAUAGGAUUUAAUCUCAGCCCAGACAGACUUGUCCGGCUGAUUGUGCUGACUAGGAGAGUGUAGGUGGGAUAGGAAACUAGCUUUUCUUUAAUUAAUCUUUAAUAAUGUAUAGUUUAAGAAAGGAAUGUGUUAAAUAUUUGGAAACUUAAGCCUUUACUAUUUUGGUUUUCGUUUUCUGAAUUCUGUUAUUUGGGCAGAGGCACCAAAAAGUAACUGUGUAACUUGCUGUUUAGGGCAGGCUUUCUAUUAACCUUGAUUUUUCAAAUCACAAAGCAGCUGCCUUUGUAGUUAUCUACUGUUGAACUGAAGUGUAAAUUAAUUAAAGUUUUUAACCCUAACAAUGUCAAAAACUAAAACUAGAAUUUUGAUUGGUUGCUGUACCGGUUGUUAAUUCCCUAGCCAUUCAAACUCCUCCCCACGACACUCUGAAGCAGCGACGACACAGCGGGAAGAAUGGUAAAACUUUUAAAUUUUAUUUCUGUAUUAUAAAGGUUUCAAUAGUCAUAACUUGCAGAGGCUGUGUUUUGGUUGGUUGCCCAUUGACUCCCCAGGAAAUUCUAGACAUUAGUACAGUAGGAUAUCUUGUACCUGGGAUAUAAAACCUUUUCAGGCAUCAUGAGUGAUCUUUGGGCAAAACUGAUGCCAUUACAUGGUUUUGGGUCUGUGGUAAUGCAUGUAAUUGUGGUUUGGCCAAUUAAAGCUUAACAUAGUAAUGAUUUUUUUUAAUCUGGGCAAGAAAAACUAAUUUCAAAUUUGAUUUUUGUUUUUAAGACAUAUUUUUGGAAUUCUAAGUUUAGUGCUAAAUGUGAAGGUUACUUGAUAUAAAAUCAUGUGUAUUUAAAAUGUCUUGCAUGUUAUACUGAAAUAUUCUGGAGAUGUCAAAAGUAAAAUUUUUAAAGUAGCAUUGUGUGUAUGCAUUAUGCAAAAAUGUAUGUCUUUUAUCACCAACCGUAUUUAUAUUUAUAAAUAUAACUUUAAGAAUCGGAUAGUACAAUUCAGAGGUUGGCUGAUGUGGCUUUCCACUACAGCUCUUAAAUCAGAUAUUUUGUGUGAUUUGGCUGGAACGUUAAUUACAGUUGGUUGAUGUGUUCACAAUUGCAUGAUUUCUCUUUGGAAGGCUGGUAGAUUGACUAUUAUUCCUUCUCCCUAAAUGUCAGUUUUUCUUUAGGAUUAUAUUUGAGUUUUCCAGGAGUUUUUUUAUCCACCACUACUGGAGUAUGGAGGGCCAGUAAUUUGUAGAUAGUUGACUUACAUGUGUACAAAUUACAUUCUAUAAAGAGCCUAGUAGGGUUAACGUUUAAAUUUAACUCGAGCUUUUCUUAUUACUGUAUUCUCAUCCACUAAAAUCUAUCCAGUUUUAUAUUGGAGAUAAAGCAGACUAGAAGCAAUAGUCUUAAGGGAAAAGCAAAAGAAGAAACUGGGGUUAGAGUUUGACACACAGAAUAAAAAUGUUCCUGAUGAGAAUUACACCCUUUCAUAUUGAUAUUUUCACUGCUAAUAGUGACAAACUAAGAUUAAACCAUAACUGUACUUGGUUUUGCUACUCCAUUAUAUAUUUCAAAUCUUCUGUAAGCAUUAUUUUCAGUAAUUUAAAAGGACCAUUAGGUUUGAAGGUCACUGUUUUUACUCUAGUAAGAAGUACUUGCCCUGCUACCUAAUACUAUAACUUUACAAGUUUUUUGAGUGACUUCGCAGGAAAAAUGGGCAAUUAAAUGUUUAUAGUUUAAUGAAUGUUCUAGAUUCUGACCAAUUUAUCGAAAAUAGGAUUUUACUGAGGUUCACUUUAAGUUAAGCAAGUUUACAUUUAACAAAUAAUGCUUUCAUUUUUAAAGUAUAAUAUUUGACCUUUUAAAAUUACUGCCCAGUCACCUAAACCUCAUCCUGUAAUACUCUUUUUUACUUUUGAACCGGAAAAGAAAAAUCUCAAGACCAUUAAACAACUUUUGGUGUCUGUGCACUUGCUCCUCUGUUCUUUUACUUGUCUCCCUGUUUGAGGGACAUUGGGCAGCAGUUUCAGAGUAGUCUCAGUAGUGAGGAUAAGACUACUUACUAGAUAUAAAAUCAUCUAAAUUUGAUUUCUUAAACAUAUUUCUGCAUGUGUUUCCUUUUACAGUUCUAACUUGAGAAUAAGGUGAUUACAGUUUCUUCCUAAAAUAUUUUUUAAAUCAUUUUGUUGUAGGCCUAAAAGUAGUUUUAAAAUUUGAAUAUAAGAUUAAACAGCUGUUAUGAGGAGGGCAUGCCUUUACAUACCUCUAGUGGAUAUUUCCACAGUUUACCAUGGAUUUUCAGAGUAAUUGUUUCCAUAGUAAAAUGCCUUCCUGAGUUCACCUCACUUUAAUCUUUCCAACUUUAGGGUCUUUAAUUUUUACUGAGAAGCAUUUGCACUGAAAUUUCCUCUUUUGGUAUGGACUCAUAUUCUCUGCAGGGCUGCAGUUCUGUUAGAGUAGAUACUUGGAAAUUAGUGUCCAGCAAGCUACAUGGAGGCAAUUUUUAAAGUAUCAUGAUCAGGGGAAAACUCUAAUGCUGUAUUAGCUUUCAGACAGUUUUACAAGAUAGGUACAUUGACUGGUCUGUGUUGGAUUGGGCAGGAAGCAAAAUAGUCCUAUUCAGUUAUCAAAGUAGAGCAAUACUUUUCUAAUAACAGGAUGUGUGAUCUAUUCUUCUAAUCAUUAGUGUAUAAGCUCAACUGUGAUUAGCCUGUUUGGGAAUUCUUGAAUUCUGCUAUAGGUUAUCUCCUGUUAAUUUUUAAGAAAUAGGACUACCCAUGUUUUUGUUUUAAAUAUUUGAGAUGAUAGUCUAUUCCCUGGUGCUUUGGGGGCAUUCUGAACACUGUUUGCCUUGUAAAACCAUUUUAGAGCAGUCUCAUGCCAACUUUACUUGCCUUUGAUUCAGUAAAGUUGAGUUUACUGUAAAGUUGAGACCCUGAAUAGAUGGUUCUGAAUUUUAGCAUUCUUUGGAACCUUUGACAGGUUUCCAGUGUUUAAAUUGCAGCAAUUGAUGCCCCCAAAUCUUGAGAUGAUGAACAUGUAAGGGAGGAAUAUUAAAUUCUCUCCGUUUCAAAUUCUUAUCUAUUACGAAAGAUGCUAUAAAAAAAUCACCUGACCUUUGGGUUUGGAAUUGGAGAAUAUCAUUGAAGUUUUUCGGUGCUCAUUUUUGAGAUAAAUAUACUUGCCUUAAGCCUGUUUUUCCCCAAGUCAUGUGACAUUCUCUAUGAACUAAGUGUGUAUUUACUUUAUAGUUUUUAUUGCCUGAGUAUCCUGUCAUAUAUAAAUACAAGAAAGUUUUGUCUACUACUGUGAUUUAUGACCAACAUGUAGGAUGGUUCAUUUUAGCCUUCAGGUGAUACAUGCCAUGCUUGAGAGCAUUUAAAAAGGAAUAGAAUAACUAUUUUCCUAUUCUACUUAAAGCUGUGCACCUCAAAUGUGUGCAGGUUCACAAAUGGAGUGAAACAUAACUUUUGUUAGUUCAAAGUUUUAUUUCACUUUAGUUCUGCUUCAACGUUUUAGUAGAUAGGGCACUGAACUGGAUGCUGGAAGCGUGGGAUCUGUUUCUGUUACUUCACUUCCAACAGUGUGGUCUCAGGUAAUAUAACAUGUUUGUUACUUGGUUUGCUGAUCUAUGUGUUGGAAACAACGCUCACCACAGGAAGAUUGACUACGUAGCUUGCUUUCUUAGCUUGUGUGUAUUUGUCCUGUGUCUUAAUAGUUGAUACUGCCAGUGGUUUACUCCUGUGGAGUAAAGGUAAGCAUGUUUUAGUUUCUGGAGUAUUAUACUGUACUUUGGAGCUAGACAUUUAAGACUGUUUGGGGGUGGGGUGGGAAGACUCUUAUUACUGGCAGUGUUUGGCCGGUUAUCAAGGUGAUAGUUUUAAGUAUUGGGUCAUGUUCUGUAAAUUCGUGCUUACCUAGACUUGAAACUAUCACAAAGCCCAAAGAACUAGGAACAUCGCCCUCUUUAGUCUUGUGAGAAAGAUGAAAAACUAAAAACUAUCAGCAAAUAAUACUAAAAAAGUAACCAACAGACAAUGUCAUGGAAUCAAUCUUCUAUAAUUUUUCCCUUAUACUAUUAAAAAGUUAAAGCACUGCAAGAUUCUUAAAUUUCAUCAAUAGAGUUAAUUAUUUUCUGAGUUUAGUGUUGAUAUCUAAAUUGAUUUCCAGUGGAUAUCUUUACAGAGUUGUGAAUGUAGUAAUCUCAGUUAACCAGAACUUUAACCUCUGGGUUAAAGAAAACCCUAUUCCUUAACCUCUAGAUAGAUGGGAGUUUACUUUACAAAGCUGAGAGUUUAUUUGAAAAGUAAAAAUAUAAGAUGUCAUUCUUGCCUAGGAAUGAAAUGAAGAAAAAGGUGAAAUUUGAGGUUAAACAUUUAAACUUUAUUCAAAACCUGUCUGGUUUAAUUUAUUAGCUAUUAUGUUUUCAACUUAGUUAUCUUUUUUCGUCAUUUGGGUUCAUUCUAAAGUAUAAAGUAAUGAGAUUUCAUAUACUAGGCUAGGAAAAUUAAUCAUUUUUAAUGACUUGUUAAAAGUUUGUUAUACUAUUUCCAAAGGCAUUUUUUUACACAGAAUCUAAAGUCAUUACCCUAACAUGUGAUACUAUCUAGUUGCAAAAAGUAAACCCAUUCCUUCCAUUUUAGGUAACUGGUGGCUUUAAAAUAAGUCUAUCUUCUAAGGAAAAACCAUUUAUGUGUUAGUGAGAUUUCAUUAUACUUAAUGUCAAUUUAAGAUUUUAAAGGAAUUAAAAUAACUACAAUGAUUAAAAAUACCAGGAAAUUUAUUUAAAUAAGUUAGUUGUGUGCUUGAGUAACAUUACUCUGAAAGGUGACAGUGAUUGGCUAGUCGUGUACUUGAAAUGUAAAUCACAUUUACAUUCUGUUGUAUUUUUUAAACUGUCAGAACUUGUUAUGAAACCAUGUACAAAGAUCAUGAUUUGUUUGGAAGUGUUUGAAAGUUACAGAAUUUUGGUGGGGGGGGGUGUUCCCUAUUCCAAAAUUGGAAGUCUAAUGAUGCUUAUUAUUUGACCUUGAAUGAGGUAUUUCACACUAAAGACUCGUUAGGGGAAGUAUCUUGAAAUAAGGUACUGUUGGCUUUGUAAUGUUAAACCUAAUGAACUCAAGUACAGAGUAUAAGUUGGAAACUAUAUAGCUCAUGGAGAUUUAAGUUACGCCAUUGAGUAAAUGAAAAAGUUGCUUUAUUAAAUUAUAUUUAGAUUGUGCUCUAUCAUUUCUAAAUAAUCUUAUUUUUAUUGAGCAUCAGACUAUGUUCUGUGCCCUUUUAGUGUGUUAAUUUAAGGUAGGUUUUUAGUCCUUUUUUUUUAAUAGACGUGGAAACAAUCAUAGAAUUUUUUUCCCCCUUGGGGUCACAGUAAGUGGUAGAGAUAGGAUUUAAAUUUAGGCAGUUUGGUUUACUGCCUCUAAAAUUUAUUUUCUCUAAAGUAUGUACUACAAAGCAGCCUACAUUCCUAAAUGACAUUGCAUAGCAUUUAGAUAAGUCAUUUGCACUCAAUUAUAUAACUUUAUGCCUGUCGUUUAAUACUGUAAUAGGUGUAAAAUCAGUAUUAGUAAAAGCACAGAUUUCAAUUGUUGAGUGUUUUAAAUCGAAUACUGUACUGCUUUUGGGGUGCUAAAUAGCUUAUAGGUAGAAUUUAAAAAGUAAACUUUAUUAAUAAAUUACGGUAGAUGAGGUCCUACAUUUUAAUUGGGGUUAUUGAUUUACUUACAACUAAGGAUCAAAUUUUAAAGCGUAUUGCAGCAUUAGGGGCCCAUUUUUGUUGUUAUUUGAACAAAUCUUGUGAUGUAGUUUUAACUUGGCUGCUUAGGAUUUUUCUGACGUUCUAUCUGUACUUCAUUGUAAAGUGUUUGCGCAUCUCUGCAGGAGUGACAGCAUCUUGGAAGUCAGUCUUUGUAUUCAAGGCAGCAGAGGUAAUCUGGAUGGACAAUAGGUAUUGUGCUUUAAGCAAGAUACAAUAAUAUAAAACAUAGAAAAUUUAAAUUGGUAUCUUAUACCAUCUCAUAAUUUGAAGGAGGGAGAGCAUGUCGGAGUACUGAUUUCUAGAGAGGCAAAAAUAAGUUCCCAUUUGUCUAGAAUUAAGAUAACUUACUGUACCAUACUGUGAUAUUUUGGUUUUUCUACUGAAUAAAGAUGGAAUGGAUUUAAUAUGUUCCAUUUAGUACAGAUGGAAUGGAUUUGGUACAGUUUGUGUUCAUUGUAGUAUAUUUACCUAUCUGGUAAUCCGUUGUGCAGCAACCUUCCUUAAUUAGAGCAGCAGAAAAAGUGCUUUUUUGGCCUAUCAUAUGGUAAUACAUUUGCCUCAGAAGAGCCACUAAAGCUCUUACUCAGAUGGUACUUUACAUAAAAUUUGGGAAGCUUGAGUGUCACCUAUCCAUCCUACAAAAAUGGGAGGGGGUGGCAUUUUAGAACAGCAACUGGUGAUUAAACUGGCAAAAAUGAAAAAUAACUUGUUAAAAUUGCUAAAAUAUGAGAUGCACUAAGUGUAUUAAUAGCUCUAAUUUCAGAAGACCCUAUGGGCAUGCUAUAGUAACUAUAUUAGAGAUGACUGACACAGUGUCAAAUCAUGAUUACUCUAUUUAAUUAGGAAGGCAGAAGGGUGAUCUACUGUAGAAGAAAAAAUUUAUUCCAAAUAAUUGAAGGUUGAAAAACAGUUGGAGGAGGGGUUGGGGAAAGCUGGCAGUGCCUUAAUGAAGGUGGAAUAUUUGGCUUUCAUUCUUUAAAGGUGCUGGAUAGCUGAAGUUUUACUACAUAUUUACUCUAAAUUUUUUGAGAAAGAGUAAUCAAUAUUAUGGAAUAUGUAUAAAUUAUAGUUUGCUAGAAUAGUUUAUAUAAUGAAUAAAUGAGAUUUGAUUGGUUAGGAAGGAUAGCAUCUUCAGUGACCUUUUCAGUUCUAAGGUAGACACAUUUAACAACUCUGCCAAAGACUAUUAAAGGUGGGAAGUUUCUUUGGAGAGCACUUUUAUAGGGCUAGUUAAUGAAUUUAGUAUGCUUAUCUAAUAUUUAAGAAAACUGACUUCCCAUGCUGUUGUAAAAAAACAUUUGGGGCUUGUGAGUAAUAAUAGAACAAGCCUCAUUAUUGGUGUUAUAUUUUAUUUCUUUGCAAUUGUUUUUAGUUUCUUAAUUUAAGGACACUUAAUCCAAUAUAAACAUUGCUUUGGUUAAAUAAAAUUAAAACUAGUUUUGUCUCCAACACAAAAGCCUUAUUUUAAAAAGCUAAAGUUGAAAGGCAAGAAAAUUGUGUCUGAUCUGUUCCUCAGAUAAUCUAGAUGCUGAAAUGAUUUCAUACCUAAAUUAUUGAUGAAAAUUUCCGUAAUAAUUACAGAAUUGGUAAUUUAAAAUUUAAAUUUCAACUUACUUGAAGUUGUUUCUGUUUUGAAACUUGCCAUGGAUAACGGAGCAAGAGGUCAUUGCUUUACUAGUCAGUUUUCUUUCUCAUCCUUAAAAAGAUAGUUAUGUCCUCCUAGCCUUGAAAGGGUAAAUGUUGGUAAUGAAUUUUCAUCUAUGAAGGCAGUAUCUGUAUCUUUAGGUUAAAAAGUAAGGUAUUUAAGGCAACUUAACUGACUAGGAUUGGAUAUUACAAGGUAUAUUACUUGAACGAAGAAAACGUAAUUGAAAAUACCUCAACUUUCCCCCCAUUGAAUUAGCAAUAAGCGUUAACAAUACCUAUACAACAUGGGUGUUUUUGUUAUGUUCAUUUGAUUAUAAAAUACAAAAAAGGGUUAAUAAAGGUUACUUCAAGCGUGGAAAUUUUAUCAGAAAAUCUUGAAAGUUAAGCGUAUAAAUGGCCCAACUCUUUAUGUACAAGUUGAAAACCUAACAGUGUAUGCCUAAAGUAAGACAACUUUUGCAUUAAAAGUUAACUUUGUCAUUAGAAGUAAAAACAAGUCUAUGGAUAAAAUAGUAAGGUCAGUAACACCUCAGUUAAUCUGGCAUCUUUAGGGAGAAGCAGAAGCAAGAUCUUAUUUUAGGGAUAAAAUUGGCUUCUUGUUGCAAGAAUUGGCUUUAGUGGCAAUAUUUUAAAAGCCCACAAUAUGUUGAUGUUUUCUGCUUUUAAUUUCUUUCCACAGCUGGAAGUUAGUACCACAUCCCCAUACCUACCCCGACCCACCCCAGUUAUAAAGAUGAUAAAUCGGAAAAUGUUUAUAGGAGGCCUUAGCUGGGACACUACAAAGAAAGAUCUGAAGGACUACUUCUCCAAAUUUGGUGAAGUUGUAGACUGCACUCUGAAGUUAGAUCCUAUCACAGGGCGAUCAAGGGGUUUUGGCUUUGUGCUGUUUAAAGAGUCGGAGAGUGUAGAUAAGGUCAUGGAUCAGAAAGAACAUAAAUUGAAUGGAAAGGUGAUUGAUCCUAAAAGGGCCAAAGCCAUGAAAACAAAAGAGCCUGUUAAAAAAAUUUUUGUUGGUGGCCUUUCUCCAGAUACACCUGAAGAGAAAAUAAGGGAGUACUUUGGUGGUUUUGGUGAGGUGGAAUCCAUAGAGCUCCCCAUGGACAAAUCCAAUAAGAGGCGUGGAUUCUGUUUUAUUACCUUUAAGGAAGAGGAACCAGUGAAGAAGAUAAUGGAAAAGAAAUACCACAAUGUUGGUCUUAGUAAAUGUGAAAUAAAAGUAGCCAUGUCAAAGGAACAGUAUCAGCAACAACAACAGUGGGGAUCUAGAGGAGGAUUUGCAGGAAGAGCUCGUGGAAGAGGUGGUGGCCCCAGUCAAAACUGGAACCAGGGAUAUAGUAACUAUUGGAAUCAAGGCUAUGGCAACUAUGGAUAUAACAGCCCAGGUUACGGUGGUUAUGGAGGAUAUGACUACACUGGUUACAACAACUACUAUGGAUAUGGUGAUUAUAGCAACCAGCAGAGUGGUUAUGGGAAAGUAUCCAGGCGAGGUGGUCAUCAAAAUAGCUACAAACCAUACUAAAUUAUUCCAUUUGCAACUUAUCCCCAACAGGUGGUGAAGCAGUAUUUUCCAAUUUGAAGAUUCAUUUGAAGGUGGCUCCUGCCACCUGCUAAUAGCAGUUCAAACUAAAUUUUUUGUAUCAAGUCCCUGAAUGGAAGUAUGACGUUGGGUCCCUCUGAAGUUAAUUCUGAGUUCUCAUUAAAAGAAAUUUGCUUUCAUUGUUUUAUUUCUUAAUUGCUAUGCUUCAGAAUCAAUUUGUGUUUUAUGCCCCUCCUCCCCAGUAUUGUAGAGCAAGUCUUGUGUUAAAAGCCCAGUGUGACAGUGUCAUGAUGUAGUAGUGUCUUACUGGUUUUUUAAUAAAUCCUUUUGUAUAAAAA